UUCAGUCCCGCCAUCGCCCAAAAUUCAAGUUUUGCCCGGCCUUUCAAAUCACACCUUUUCUUUUUAAUUUAUUCUUUCUCUCUCUCUCUUUCUCCCUUCUUCCUUCUCUUCUUCCACUUCGCACUCUUUCUACCAUGCAGCUAAAACUCGAACCUCAUUGUCUUGACGAUCCUACUACAGAAUCCUUUGUUAUACCUGGAGCUAAAGUGUUUGAUCGUUACUUCGAUUGUCCCUUAGAUUACUCUAAUACCAAUUCCUUAGAAACCAUCAAGGUAUUUGUUCGUCACCUCGUUCCUAUCAACAAGGUCAAGGAUAUCAAAACUCUUCCGUUUUUACUUUAUUUACAGGGUGGACCUGGAUUUGAAGUGGCUUCUCCCAGUACUGCACUAUCUGGUUGGAUUAAGGUUGCAUUUGAACAAGGUUUUCAAGUACUUUUAUUGGAUCAACGUGGUACUGGUUUAUCGACUCCAGUAUCUGCCACUUCUUUGGAAAAAUUCCCUACUGAUGACGAUAAAGUGAACUAUUUGACUCAUUUUCGUGCGGACAGCAUUGUACGUGAUUGCGAAACCAUUCGACUUGCAUUAACAAAGGAUCGAGUAUCUACAGAAAGUCAACGUAUUUCUCUUUUGGGUCAAAGUUUUGGUGGAUUUUGUAUUACGACAUACCUUUCGUUAUUUCCUCAAUCUAUUCACAAGGCUUAUAUUACAGGUGGUGUGCCUCCUCUAGUGGAUAAUCCUGAUACUGUCUAUCGAUCCCUCUAUCCUCGUAUCUUGAAGAAAAACAAGCUAUAUUACAAGAAAUUCCCGCAAGAUGUAGUCAAAGUUCGUCGUAUUCAUGAAUUCCUCUGGCAAAAUAAUGUCACACUACCCAAUGGUGGUAAACUGUCUCCUCGUCGAUUUUUACAAUUAGGUAUUCUCUUUGGAGGUUCUGGAGGAUAUGAUACUUUGCAUGAAACUGUUACUUUUUGUAUUAACGAUUUGGACAACAUCAACAAGCUUAGUUACCGUACUCUGAAUCAUAUUCAACAACUUCAAAGCUGGGAUACCAAUGUCAUCUAUUGUAUUCUUCAUGAAGCGAUCUAUUGUCAAAAUCAACAAUCAAGUCGAUGGUCUGCAGAAAGAGUGAUGAAGGAAGAACAAUUUGCGAGUGAUUUCGAAUGGCGAUUAGAUCGAUUACAACCUGAUCAAGCUGUGAAUUUUACAGGGGAAACCAUUUAUCCUUUUAUGUUAGAUGACUUCUCCGAACUACGUCCUUUAGCAACAGUGGCUCACAAAUUGGCAGAAUACAAGUGGAAGGAUCUAUAUCACAUUCCUACCUUGAAUACUUUGGAUUCGGAUGAUGGCAAGAUGGAAUUGGCCGGGGUUAGCUACUUUGAUGAUAUGUAUGUGGAUCGCGAUCAUUCUGAAUACACUGCUAGUCAAAUCAAUGGAUUCCAACAGUACAUCACUAAUCAGUAUGCACACAAUGGUCUUCAUGUUGAUAGCGAAAAUGUUUUGAAUUAUUUAAUCAAACUUGGUAGAGGAGAUGUAGCGUAUGAUCGAUAGAUAAAUAGAUAGCUAGUUAGAUAAAUAGAUUAGAUAUUAGUUGAAUAAAACGUGACUAGACCAUCUGAUGCAACAAGUG